AGUGACCGCACGGCUGCGAAUGAGAGACAUUCGGGUUUCGUAAUCAAGCAAAGUUUAAUAAGUGACUAGCAAAUCGUUUGGAUAAAUAUUCCGUUCACCUAAACGAACUUUAAAUUGGUUUGGUUGAAUGAAGGAGCGGUAAAAGUGAAUUGGAUUUUGUAUUGAGAUAAUUGGUGCACAAAUGAUGAAAAAUUGUAUUAAGAAUGUCUACUACGUCAUCGUACUCACAUUAUGCAUAGACGGAGGCGACGGUCGAUGGAAGAAAUCAAGCAGAGAAAAACUUGAGCGUGACAUUUCGAUAUUCAGAAAAAUAUCUGAAAAUAUUGAACGUGAAAUUGACGACUUCUACGAUGAUGACUACAAAGGACUCGACGAUAAAUUUUACGAUGACACACACGUUGAGUUGGAAACUGGAACAUCAAAGAAAUUCUAUAACGAACUGAUAUUGGAGCCGACGCGACAUUCCCUUUCCAAUGUAUCGAGUGUAACAAAACAAUACAACAAAAACGAGUACCCUCACACAGAGUAUGCAGAAAAAGUCAGAGCUUUUUCAUCAUUUUCCUUUGUUCCUUUAACCGACAGAGAGAAUACUAUCGAUGAAGCGACCACGCGCGACUCUACGUGGCCGAAAUUCGAAGACAUGCUUCUAUCCAUCGGAAAAAAGUAUGAUUGGAAAAACGACCGCUGGAUCAAAGUUAGAGAAAAGGCGAAAAAAGGAUCGGAAAAACAAAACAUUAGUAGAAAUAGGAUCGAUUUCCUUUCAAAGCAUAAAUUUAAUUAUAGGUUUAUUAAACUGAAUAGGAGUAAGUCAAAGAGAAACGUGAUACUGGCCGUGAAAGCCGUGAGAUAAGGGUUUCGGUGAAGCUAAUUGUUGACGGGACCAAUAUCCGAGAUCUCGGCGGAGUCGGUACAUAGAGACGCCUGUUCACCACUUAUAUUUCUGCCUACAUUCAUUGUCUUGUCAUCGCCUAUAGCUUGAAUUUAAUUGAUGUUUAUUUUGUUGUUUCUGCAAGACCGGCCAUUCCUGGUACUCGUGAUUGUAGAUUUAAUGCCGUUUCUCUGAAGCUUGUAUAGGAAAUAUAUGAAUUUUAAAUCAACAUCUGAAUGCAGUUUAAUUUAUUUUAAAUAUUUAUGUAAAUAAAAUGUUUUCUCCAUCCUGUUGAAUUAGUUCCGUGUGGAUUCAAUGAGCUCAGAAAAUAUGAAAGAGAUGAAUAAAAAGGUAUGCUUUUUAUUUAUUUUACCAUAAUAACACCCAGACCCCGUAGGAAAGAUUGAAAACAAUUUUUCAUCGGAAGCUAUCUAUUAUAAUUUGGCCCUUGAAGUUUCAUAUUUCCUUAUCCUCUUCCGUGUCAGUUUUGAGAGUGGGAGGAUCGAAGUAAGAUGGUUUGUGUGCAGGGUAAUUUAUCAUAGCCUCUUGUUUGUUUCUCGCAGCGAUACACCGCAGGUAUAAGCAAUUUCGCAGGUGAUUUGUUGCCAACAUCUGUUCCUUCAAGCCACACCUGUGAAUGUGAACCUGGGACUGUACCGUAAGUUGAGUUUGAUU